AUGCAUUCAUUCCAUUUGAUUGGCACUUUCUUUUUGGCCACAAUAUCGUUCGUAAGUGCCCUGCCAUCGCUGCUUCAAAUCGGUAGAACUCAAAGUGUUGCUGUCAAAGGCAAACUUCUCUGCAAUGGAGAGCCGAUGGCGAAUGUGAAAUUGAAACUGUUCGAUGCUGAUACGUUGGAUUUGGAUGAUUUGAUGGACGAAGGAAAAAGCGAUUCGAACGGAACAUUUUAUUUGAGUGGACAUGAGAACGAACUGACGACAAUUGAUCCGAAACUGAAUAUCUAUCACAAUUGUAACGAUGAACGCAAGGUAAAACACUUCCCAUGCAUCUACUACUCGCAAUAUUAUAUGGAAGCUAUUGUUACCAAUGAUUUCGUUUUUACUAUUACUGACAAAGUUUCCAUAAAGAUCCCGAAGAAUUUCGUCACAGAUGGCGAGCAGGCCAAAGAUACAUUUGAUGUCGGCAUACUGAAUUUGUCCGGGCAUUUGCCGGGUGAAACUCGCGAUUGUAUCAACUGA